AUGCAGCCCAGGACUCAGCCCGCAGCCGUCUCUGGGGUGAGCCCCGGGGCCAGCAGCCUCCGGACCGCCAACAGGCCCGAGGCGGGCGUGUGCUCCCUGGCGCUGCCCUCGGAUCUGCAGCUGGACCGCCGGGGCGCCGAGGGGCCGGAGGCAGAGCGGCUCAGGGCGGCCCGCGUCCAGGAGCAGGUCCGCGCGCGCCUGCUGCAGCUGGGCCAGCAACCACGGCACAAUGAGCCCGCCGAGCCCGACGGGGUGGCCGAGGCGGCCAGAGGUGCAUUCCGGGCUCAGUACCACACCUUGCAGGCCGGCUUCAGCUCUCGCUCCCAGGGCCUGAGUGGGGAAACCUCGACCUUCCGGCCCAUCGCCAAGCCCACCUACAGCCCUGCCUCCUGGUCUUCCCGCUCGGCCGUGGACCUGAGCUCCAGUCGGAAGCUAAGCUCCAUCCACAACGGGGGUGGUGGCUUUGGGGCCGCAGGGUACUGGGGUGCCCCACCAGCCGCACCGGUGCCCGCCCGGCCUGUGUCCUUCCACGAGCGUGGUGGGGCAGGCAGCCGGGCAGAUUACGACACCUUGUCCCUGCGCUCGCUGAGGCUGGGGGCCGGGUGCCCGGAUGACCGAUACAGCGUGGUGUCCGAGCAGCUGGAGCCGGCGGCCACGUCCUCCUACAGGGCCUUUGCCUACGAGCGCCGGGCCAGCUCCAGCUCUAGCCGGGCUGGGGGCCUGGACUGGCCGGAGGCUACCGAGGGACCACCCAGCCGAACCAUCCGUGCCCCUGCCAUGCGGACCUUGCAGCGGUUCCAAAGCAGCCACCGCAGCCGGGGAGUGGCUGGGGGCGGGCCUGGGGGCAUCCCGGAGCCCGUGACCCGCGCACCCUCUGUGCGCAGCCUCAGCCUUGGCGACUCGGGGCACCUGCCGGACAUGCGUGGGCUGGACAGCUACGGCGGCCACCGCACUCUGCAGAGGCUCAGCAGCGGAUUCGAUGACAUCGACCUGCCCUCAGCAGUCAAGUACCUCAUGGCCUCAGAUCCCAACCUGCAGGUGCUGGGAGCUGCCUACAUUCAGCACAAGUGCUACAGCGACGCAGCCGCCAAGAAGCAGGCCCGCAGUCUGCAGGCUGUGCCUAGACUGGUGAAGCUCUUCAACCACGCCAACCAGGAAGUGCAGCGCCACGCCACAGGCGCCAUGCGCAACCUCGUCUAUGACAACGCGGACAACAAGCUGGCCCUGGUGGAGGAGAACGGCAUCUUCGAGCUGCUGCGGGCGCUGCGGGAGCAGGACGACGAGCUCCGCAAAAACGUCACAGGGAUCCUGUGGAACCUGUCCUCCAGCGACCACCUGAAGGACCGCCUGGCCCGGGACACGCUGGAGCAGCUCACAGAUCUGGUGCUGAGCCCCCUGUCGGGGGCAGGCGGGCCGCCCCUCAUCCAGCAGAACGCCUCUGAAGCCGAGAUAUUCUACAACGCCACCGGCUUCCUCAGGAACCUCAGCUCCGCCUCCCAGGCCACUCGCCAGAAAAUGCGUGAGUGCCAUGGGCUGGUGGACGCGCUGGUCACCUACAUCAACCACGCCCUGGACGUGGGCAAGUGUGAGGAUAAGAGCGUGGAGAACGCCGUGUGCGUGCUGAGGAACCUGUCCUACCGCCUGUACGACGAGAUGCCACCCUCAGCCCUUCAGCGGCUGGAGGGCCGGGGCCGCCAGGACAUGGGGGUACCCCCGGGCGAGGCGGUGGGCUGCUUCACUCCGCAGAGCCGGCGGCUCCGAGAGCUGCCCCUCACGGCCGAUGCCCUCACCUUUGCUGAGGUGUCUAAGGACCCCAAGGGCCUCGAGUGGCUGUGGAGCCCCCAGAUCGUGGGGCUGUACAGCCGGCUGCUGCAGCGCUGCGAGCUCAACCGGCACACGACCGAGGCGGCGGCCGGGGCGCUGCAGAACAUCACCGCAGGGGACCGCAGGUGGGCGGGGGUGCUGAGCCGGCUGGCUCUAGAGCAGGAGCGCAUACUGAACCCGCUGCUGGACCGAGUUCGGACCGCUGACCACCACCAGCUGCGCUCACUGACGGGCCUCAUCCGAAACCUGUCCCGCAACGCCAGGAACAAGGAUGAGAUGUCCACAAAGCUGGUGAGUCACCUGAUCGAGAAGCUGCCCGGCAGCGUGGGUGAGAAGUCUCCUCCAGCCGACGUGCUGAUAAACAUCAUAGCUGUCCUCAACAACCUCGUGGUAGCCAGUCCCGUGGCUGCCCGGGACCUGCUCUACUUCGACGGGCUCCGCAAGCUGGUCUUCAUCAAGAAGAAGCGGGACAGCCCUGACAGUGAGAAGUCCUCCCGGGCGGCCUCCAGCCUCUUGGCCAACCUGUGGCAAUACAACAAGCUCCACCGAGACUUCCGGGCGAAGGGCUACCGGAAGGAGGACUUCCUGGGGCCGUAG